UUGGGCGAUAUCCGUUACGUGCGAGUAUGGGUAGACAACUCGGGUCGGGGACAUCGUGAAUCGUGGUACUGCAAUCGAAUAUUUAUCAAGGAUUUGCACACUGGCUCUAUUUAUCGCUUCCCCAUCCAUGAUUGGAUCGGACAAUGUAUGGCGGAAGGCGCGGUGAGUGUACUCAGUGGAACAUCAUCUCUCAUUGAAGCAGUAUUUUCAGAGCGAAAGACUUUCUGCAGCUGA